AUGGACGGGACGACGAACACCUUCCAUUCUUAUCCCACACCUCCUCGGUCUCCUCCCAAUGGCCAAUCAGACGCCACAGGGGAGUCGCCCAUCACGGUAAUCGCUUCCUCUCGAGCCAUCAGGUCUGGACAGCUUACUGCGGCCACAAUUGUUAUAUCAAAUGCCACUGGCAAGAUAACUGCGACCUUCGAUUCAAUCCUCCCACCCUCCGACUUUCCCCCUAACACCCCAUAUACCGAUUACUCCCCGCAUAUCUUGCUCCCGGGCCUGGUAGACGCUCAUGUACACCUCAAUGAGCCUGGCCGAACAGAAUGGGAAGGCUUCUACACCGGCACACAGGCUGCGGCCUUUGGGGGAGUCACCACAGUGGUGGACAUGCCACUGAAUGCUAUACCGCCGACAACAACUGUGGCAGGACUGCAGGAGAAGAUCAAAGCAGCGCAAGGUAAAUGCUGGGUCGACGUUGGCUUCUAUGGUGGCAUCGUCCCCGGCAACGAGGCGGAACUCAGGCCUCUCGUCAGAGAAGGAGUACGAGGCUUCAAAGGGUUCCUGAUCGACAGUGGUGUGGAAGAAUUUCCGGCGGUCUCCUCGACAGAUAUUAAAAAAGUAUUCGAGGAACUUGCGGAUGAACCUACCACAGUCAUGUUUCAUGCCGAGAUGAUUCCUCCCAUUGCGGAUUCAGUGGGUGACGAUGUCCAGACCUCACUACCCCCUCUCCAACCACACGGACCGUUGGAUGCAUACAGCACUUUCUUGGAAUCAAGGCCGCCGUCGUUCGAGACUUACGCGAUCGAAGAGAUUCUGUCACUGGCGCAUCUGGCGCCUAACUUGCCCUUACAUAUUGUCCACUUGUCCGCCAUGGAAGCCAUUCCACUCUUGAGGAAAGCCCGCUCUCAAGGCAUCAACAUUACCGCCGAGACUUGUCCUCACUACCUAUCCCUUGCAGCCGAACAGGUUGCCGUGGGUGACACGCGUCACAAAUGCUGUCCUCCCAUUCGAAGUCAAUCGAAUCAGGACGUGCUCUGGGACGAGUUACGACAACAUGGUGAGGAAGGUGUUAUUAAGACGGUGGUUUCGGAUCAUUCUCCCUGUACCCCAGAUCUCAAGCAUCUCCCGUCGCACUUCCCCGGACAUGCCUGUUUGCCAAAAGAUAGUGUCAAGGACCUGCCGCUCGAGACCGAUGCUGGUGAUUUCUUCUCGGCGUGGGGCGGUAUCUCCUCUGUCGGGUUGGGUCUCCCCAUCUUGUGGACAGAGAUGACAAGAAGAGGGCUGACCGGCACCGACUCCGCCAUUACUGACGUCGUCAAGUGGUGCUGUAUCAACACCGCCACUCAAGUGGGUCUGGAGAAGCAAAAAGGGGACAUUGCUGUCGGCUUUGAUGCCGACAUCUGCGUCUUCGACGACACGGCAGAAUGGGUCGUGGAGCCAAGCACCAUGUUGUUCCGGAACAAGUGCAGCCCGUACCAGGGCAAAACAAUGAAAGGGCAAGUGAAGGAGACUUUGCUCCGAGGGCGACAGGUCUUUGUCCGGGAUGGGCCCAACAACGGGUUUGUCGGCAAGGAGUGUUCAGGGCAAUUACUGUUGGAACCACGUCAGAAAGAAUUAAAGAAGGUCAAGAGUUGGUUCAAGCGAUGGAUUUACGACUUCUGA